AGUUUUAACGUACGAAAAAUAAUUUCUUCGUUCCCACAAUUGUAGAUGCCACAUUGAUUAGAUUGAUAAGAGCGAUAAUAUCGAAAUAACAAUGUACUUGUAAUGGUCGCGUGAAUUUGUGGAUUUAUCAAAGUCACAAGUCAUAUCACGAAUACCGAUAACGGUUUGUUUUCGUCAUAACGUUUCUGUUAUAUAAAUUAGACGGUGGCCUUGAUGUGUUUAGUGUUCUGCCAAAAUCACAAUCGUUAAGAUGGCACUUUUAGAAACUUUAAUAGGAAUAAUCGCAAUCAUCACAUUGAUUUAUUUCUAUUUCCAACAAUCAUUUAAACAUUGGGAUAAAUUGAACGUAACCUCAGUUAAACCAACAUUCCCCUUUGGCAGUAUAGGUUACAAAGAUGUUAAAAAAGGUUUAUACGCUGGUGUAAGAAAAUGUUACCUAGAACUAAAAUCGAAAAAGGUUAAAUACGGAGGUGCUUAUCUAGGACCAAACCCGAUUUUAAUACCGAUGGAUAUCGAUCUUAUUAAGACGAUUUUAACGAAGGAUUUCCAAUCUUUUGCUAGUCACGGAACGGAAAUUGAAGCGGUCGAUCCGAUUUUAGCGCAUCUCUUCAAUUUAAGCGGGCAAGAAUGGAAAGAUAUGCGGGUUAAAUUAACCCCAACUUUUACAUCGGGAAAAAUGAAAAUGAUGUUUAACACUUUGUUGGAUUGUGGUCAUCAAUUGGAGAAUUUUUUGGAUGAAACUUACAAACAAAAUAAACCGUUCGAUGUUAAAGAGAUCAUGGCUUGUUUCACAACUGAUAUUAUCGGCUCUUGUGCUUUCGGUGUAGAAUGCAAUUCGUUUCAAAAUCCCGAUGCUGAGUUUCGAAAAAAUGGGCGAAAAUUAUUCACCCCAUCGGUCAUAACAUUCUUUAGAAGAUUAGUCGGACAAGUUUUCCCAACAAUCAAAAAAACAUUAAAAAUAAACACUAUUGAUCCCUCGGUAAGAAUGUUCUUCAUGGACGCAGUUAAAAACUUAGUUAAUUACCGCGAGCAAAACAACGUCACAAGAAACGAUUUUAUGCAAAUCUUACUCAACAUGAAAGCAAAAGCCCAACAAGAAGGAAGCGAAGGGUUCACGAUGGAACAACUCACAGCCCAAUCCCUAAUCUUCUUCAUCGCCGGUUUCGAAACUUCCUCAACAACGAUGAGCUUUUGUAUGUACGAAUUAGCGUAUAACCAAGAGGUUCAAGAUCGCGUUAGAGCCGAAAUGAACGAAGUCUUAGAACGACACGACAAUAAAAUAAGUUACGACGCAAUCAUGGAAAUGAAAUAUUUAGAUCAAGUUUUACAAGAAACCUUGCGAAAAUAUCCCCCCACUCCGAUUUUACCAAGAACUUGCACUAAAGAUUACAAAUUCGAGGAUGGUGUUGAAAUCAAAAAAGGUACAAGCGUGUUUAUUAACAUUUUUAGCAUGCACAGAGAUGAAGAUUAUUUUUCUGAUCCGGAGAAAUUCGAUCCGGAUCGAUUUUCCGAUGAGAAUAAAGACAAGAUUAAACCGUUCAGUUAUAUUCCGUUCGGGGAAGGACCAAGAAUUUGUAUUGGUUUACGAUUUGGAUUGAUGCAAGCUAAAGUUGGAUUAACUCUUCUUUUGAAGAAUUAUAAGUUGCAUCCGCAAGAAAAUAUCAAAUAUCCUAUGGAUUUUGACCCAAAAGCUCUCGUUUUAUCUUUUAAAGGAAAAAUUUUAUUAAAGGCUGAAAAAGUUUAAUUUGAAAUCGUACUAAAUUAGUAGAGAUUAUAUAGAAAAAGAUUCAUAUUGGCGAUGCUUUGUCGUAAUAAAAACUUUGUUAGGAAGUUAA